AAAAGCGAAACGGGCGGCUCCGAUUCCACGGUCCACAUGCAAACCCGUAGGGGAGGGCGCCACGUGGCGAGACCCCUCUCGAUUCCAGAGCCGGCUUCGAUGGCUGCUGGCCCUUUUGACCUUGUUUUCGGCCGGCGGAAGCUCGCGCCUUUCUACCAUCCCCGGGGGAACGAAGGCGUGGCCGAGGACGCGAGGAAGAAAGCGAGAGGAGGGGAGAAGAACGCCAAGGCGCAAGCGUACAAAAGAGAGCAGCUGACUUGGUGCAGUGCGUGCUCAGGAAAGUGGGGAGAGAGAGAGAGAGAACAAGAACGAGGUCAACAGCUUUGUUGUUUACGUUUUUGAUGCUUGAUUGAAGCUGAGCUCAAUGGCAAUGGCAGCUGAGCUCAUCCCUCGCUCCACGACAAACCGGCAGGAGAUGAAACCGAUUUAUAAAGGAGCUCUUUUUCUCUCUCUCUAGCUCGCUCUGCUCUGCCCUGCGCUUCUGUUUUGUCCUUUCUUUCUCUCUCUUCCGGCUUUUCAUUCUCCCUUCCUCGAAACGAAGCCUCUCUCUCUUUCUCUCUCCCUCGAAUUAAACCAGAGGUGGGUUCUGCGGCUGCGCUCUGUUCCGCUCCGUUCGGCGUCGUGUCAUUUCUUGAAGGAGCUCACGAGACUUCCGCCACCACCACCGAACCGGUCCUCGGCCUGCUGAGGGGAGCGGAAAUGGACGGCUUCGAUCGGAGGAGGAGGCGGAAGAGGAGCCUGAAGGAGCGGCUCGGGUUGAAAGCCAUGGCCUGCUGCGGCGGCCCGAUAUGGGGCAUCCGGUCCGCCGCCAUCAGCGUCCGCGACGACGACGAGGGCGACACCGAGAUCCACCACCAGCUGCCGCAAGAACCGCCGCCCCCGCUCAGCCCAGACCCCGCGAGCGUAUCGGGUCCGGAACCGGCCUACGACCCGAUCGACCGGGCCCUCGACCCGGGCUGCGGCGUGCCCGAGGCGCAGCCGGCCGGCUCCCCAGCGGACGGCGGGGACGGCGAGGGGGGACGGCGGUGGCGGUGGCGGCGGCGGCGGGGGGUGGCGGGGAGCGACGCGUUGUGCUGCGUGUGCAUGGGGCGGAAGAAGGCGGCGUUUAUCCCGUGCGGGCACACCUACUGUAGGGUGUGCUCCCGGGAGCUGUGGUUGAACCGAGGGAGCUGUCCCCUCUGCAACCGCCCGAUCCUCGAGAUCCUCGACAUCUUCUGAAUCCGACGGUCCCCCACGCGCCUCUGUGUUCGCGACGCGUCAAAUUUGCGCGGGGUUUUUAAUUUUUUUUUUUUUUUACCUUUUUCUAUUUUCAAUUCUAUUGAUUUCAGCAAAAGUGCCAAAGAAAAAGGAAAAAAGAAAAGAAAAGAAUUUAGAGGCCAAAAAGACAUGAAUGCUUUGUGGGUGAAUUUGGCGUUACAACCUUAGACCUUGGUUGGACCAAUCCCCGCCGGCUUCUUCGUGGGAAGGAAAUGUAUUAGCCAUGUAAUCUGACCCAUGUUGAAAUUAUACAAUUGAAUUGGAUUGAAGUGAUUGGAAUUGUCGAGAAAA